UUGCCGAGGAGCGGUUCGAAAGGCGAGGAUGCUGGAAAAAGAAAAGGCGAGUUUGAAGUUGAUGAUGUGGGGGAACGAGGAGUAUUCUGCUAAGUCGGAGAGAGAGGGUGGCGGUGAAAAUGGUAAUGGAGGGUUUUUCUCAAAUCUCAUCUCCAACUUUUUUAACCCUAGUAAUGGCGACGAAGGAGGAGGAGGAGGGGAGGUUGAUGAGGUGAACAAAGAAGCUGAGAAGGUGAUGAAGGAUAUUGGGAAUAAGAGGAUGAAGACGGCAGAUGAGGCGGAGGAGGGUGGCGGUGGAGGUGGCAUCAUUGACAACAUUGUCUCUCACUUGCCUAUAUCACUUCCAGAUGAUGCAGCUCCAACAACGGAUGAGGCCUCCAUUCUCAUUACCUCGAUUGUCAAAGACUAAGCAGGCAAUGUGUGCCUACCGGUACAACAAGUGCCUGUAUUUUAAUUUUUUUCCCUUCCAAAUUGUUGUUGUUUUCUGUUUUUUUUCGAUUUCGGUGUUGUUGUUUUUGUGGUAAAUUGUGACUUGGAUCCAAGUUGAGCGUGUGAUGCGGGAGGUGAAAGAUCACGUGAAGGAUAGACCCUGGCCUUGGACGGAGCACUAACACCGGGGUGCAGGAUAAUGAACACCAUAUGUAUCUAACCACAACCAUACAUCAUGCCAUCACUAAUAUCAAUAUAUACUUACCUCA